AUGAACGCGGACGAUGGCGUUGAGAUAACCAAAGGGCUUCCUGUAAUCGUAUCUUCUUUGCUCUCUGGAUGGAUGAGCAUGUUAGGCAGGCGGAUGGAACUCUUGCCAUUGCUGGACCGAUUCAGGGAUAUCGCGAGCCUGUCGCCCGAGCCCAAAACUUCCCUGAACGGGCAACAGGUAGUCCACAGCCCAAGAAUGGCAUCACAUCAAGGAGGUAUUAACCUGCUUCAGCAUCAUAUUCAAUACAAUGUGUCUGUCGGGUUUGAGAUUGCGGUUGAGCAUGCGCCCGAGUAG